AUGCUCACGCGGCUGAUGCAGGGCGGCAGGAGCAGCAGCAGCAGCAGCAGCGACGACGCAGAAGCAGGCGUUACUGCCGAGUGGGGCACUGCAGCAGCAGCAGCAGCAGCAACAGGCGCGCAUUCGCAGAAGCCGCAGCAGCAAAACGCGCUCGGCCUCAAGCCGCAGCUGAGCUUCUCCGUCCUAGCUGAACUGUUCCUGCGUAGGGAAAGCGACCAGCAGUUGGCAGAGAGAUUGCACCGCCUAAAUGAGGGACGCCGCAGAGUGAAGCACCGGCUUAAGGCUCGAGGGGGUUCGGGGGGAGGCCAAGCAUGCAAAACAGACGAGGCGGACGCGUCAGCGAGCAUGGGGGUAUCUGCAGCAGCAGCAGCAGCAGUGGCAGCUGACUCUGUUGCUGCUGCAGGCAGCAGUAGAGGGCCAUCGGGCUUUAGUGAGGGACAGCAGCAGCCGCAGCAGCAACAGAGACCAGAAGAAGUAGCUCUGGAAAAGGCCCAAGAGUUUGCAGAGGUCGCUCACAGCCAACGGCUGCUGCUGCUGCGGCUAACGCCUUUAGACCUUCGGAUGCUGCUGCAAAUCCCAGCAGCAGGAAGCAUCAUUCCUCUCUCCUUUAGGAAUCGUUUGCUGCAGUUUUUAGAGCUGCUGCACUUCGACCUGCAGGCAGAGCCCCCGCGGCUGCCUCCCGCUGCUGUCCGUCUUGCUGCUGCACCUCCUUCUACGCCGCUGCAGCAAAUGGCUUUCUCGCAGCAGCAGCAGCAGCAGCAGCAACAGCACUACUUCCAGCACCACAUGCAGCAGCAGCAGUCUGCUGCUGCUGCUGCCAGCAGGCAGCACCUGGCGCAUGCAGCCAAUGCAGCAGCGUCCAGCGCUCCUGCUGCAGCUCCCCUAGUGCCGACAGCAGCAGCAGCAAAUCUUGCUGCUGCUGCUGCUGCUCAAGCAGCUGGCGAGGGCGCUUCUCGGGUCCACGAGUCUGCAGCAACUGCUGCUGCUGCUGCUGCUUCUGGGGGCGGUGCGGCGGGCGUGACGCCGGCGAGCUCCGCAGCAGCAGCACCAGCAGCAGCAGUACCAGCAGCAGCAGCAGCAGCACCUGCCGCUGCUUCCCAGGCCACUCCUGGGGCCGCCUCGGGGGGCUCUCAGCCUGCUGAGCCAAAGAAAAGAGGGGGCGGAGUUGCAACAAAGAACAGAAACCGGAAGAAAGCUGCUGCUGCUGCUGCUGUUGCUGCAAUUGUGCUCGAAGCAGAAGACAAGAAGCGUGCUGCGCUGCUGCAGCAGCAGCAAGAGCUCUUCAUGCAGCAGCACGGGCUUAACCCUGCCUUCCACGAGCAGUUUUUUGGGCCGCACGUCAGUGCCCAGACGCAGGAGCAGCUGCUGCAGCAGCAGCAGCAGCAGCAGGAGCAGCUGCAUCAGCUACAGCAGCACUUGCUGCGAGGCUGCAGCGCCAGCGCCCAUGCGCUGCAGCAGCACCAGCUGCAGCAGCAGCGAACCGCGGAGGAGGUGCAGCGCCAUCGCGCGGCUGCGGCUGCUGCUGCUGCUGCUGCUGCUGCCUCCGCGUCUGCUGCUGCUGCUGGUGCGGGCCUGCCAGCAGCGGGACACCCGCUGCAGCAGCAGCACGCAGCAGCAGUAACUGCCGCAGCAGCAACAGCAGCAGCAGCCCGCGACAAACGGCAGCAGCAAGCCUCCCUGCCGCGCUUCGCAGACUCAAUAGCAGCAGCAGGAGGGACAUCAGAGCUUCUUAUUCCAGAAGUAGACGAGGAGGACUUCCUUUGA